UUAAGUAGAAUCCAAAGUAGUACUUGCAUUUACCGUUGCGUGAUAUCGCAUGUGUCUGUCUAGGUGUUUCACUAACUGAAGUGGCAUCCGCGCCUUCGCUCACCCCAUUCCGGGGAAGCCAUGGAGUGAACUAGUCGUUUCGGAGCAAGGCUCUGCUCUCCGCGUGAACAACAAUGUCCCGGUUUAAAAAAAUAUAUACAUCGGUGUGUUCCAUGAUCUUCACUAUUCUUUGCAAAGUUACGAGAUGAAGCUUUGAGAGAAAAGAGCCUGGGUGGCGUUGCCGGGCCGGAACAGAAACAUGAUUGACAGCAAACAAAACUGAGCGGCCUGUCACUCAUCUCUCCAUCAGCGUGUCAAAAGGCUGCCUCCUCCAGGGGCUGUCACCUCUCCUCCUCCACACCUACUUCUCCUCCCUCCAUCCUCUUCUCUGCUGGAAGGGCCAGUAACCCCGUACCUCAGCGUGCCGUGAUUCCCCCGUUACAACACCGGCCGGAGAGAUAGAGGGCAGAGACCAGGACAGGAGUUGGGAGAGGACUCCAGACCAAAACAAGUGUUUCCCCCCUCCUCUCCACCUUACCCUCCUCCUCAUCAAGCUGUUAACAGCAGGCUGGCAUGCUGCCACAGUUCCUUGGCUCCUCUCUCUGUAAAGGUUGGCUUAUUUCAUAAACAGCAAAGCCCCUUUCCUCUGUCUCUGUUUCGGGAGAGAGGAAGGACAGUGAUUCCUCAUUGAGAAAGAAACAGCCCUUUUCUAGAGACCUAGCGUGUCUGAGAGGAAGCAGCCAUGCGUUUCCCUCUGUUGUUGACACUGCAGGCGCUGUGGGCCAGUGUGUGCCAGACCAUGCAGCACUACCCUGCUGCCUGGGGACACUACGACGUGUGUAAAUCUCAGGUGUACACGGAUGAAGGACUCACCUGGGAUUAUAUGGCCUGCCAACCUGAGGCCAUGGACAUGACCAAGUACCUGAAGGUUACGGUGGACCCACCCAACAUCACCUGUGGAGACCCACCUGAGACAUACUGUGCCCUGGAGAAUCCUUACAUGUGUAACAACGAAUGCGACGCCCAAAACGAGGACCUGGCCCACCCUCCGGAGCUCAUGUUCGAUUUCGAAGGUCGGAACCCCACAACCUUCUGGCAGUCCAGUUCCUGGAAGAAAUACCCCAGGGCCCUCCUGGUCAACAUCACACUGUCCUGGAAAAAAACCAUCGAGCUGACCGACGACAUCGUGGUCACCUUCGAGUCCGGACGCCCGGAACAGAUGGUUCUGGAGAAGUCUCUGGACUACGGUAAGACCUGGCAACCCUACCAGUUCUACGCCACAGACUGUCUUGACGCCUUCACCAUGGAGCACAAGACUGUCCAGGACCUGACCCAGCACACACUUCUAGACAUCAUCUGUACCGAGGAAUACUCCAGGGGCUACGUGUGGAAGAACGCUAAAACCGUCCGCUUCGAGAUCAAGGACCGUUUCGCACUGUUCGCCGGGCCACACCUCCACAACAUGGCAUCCCUCUACGGUCAGUUAGACACUACCAAGAACCUGAGGGACUUCUUCACCAUUACAGACCUGAGGGUCCGGCUCCUCCGACCGGCCACCGGGGCCACCAUGGUGGACGAGAACAACCUGUCCAGAUACUUCUACGCCAUCUCUGAUAUCAAGGUGCAGGGCAGGUGCAAGUGUAACCUUCACGCCAACAGUUGCGUGUUUGACAAAGAGAAGCUAAAUUGUGAGUGUGAGCACAACACCACGGGACCAGACUGUGGCCGCUGUAAGAGGAACUACCAGGGACGGACGUGGAGCGCAGGAUCCUAUCUUCCAAUCCCCAAGGGCACGGCAAAUACCUGCAUCCCCAGUAACAUUGGUCCAGUUAACUGCGAAUGUUUCGGCCACUCCAAGCGCUGCAGCUACAUCGAGCUGCUAAACUCUGUGAUUUGCGUGAGCUGUAAACACAACACUAGGGGCCAGCACUGCCAGGACUGCAAGCAGGGCUACUUCCGAAAUAAUUCCGCAGAGCUGGAAGAUGAGAAUGUGUGUAUAGGCUGUAAUUGUAAUCCUUCUGGCUCAGACAGUUUUCACUGUAAUGGCACAGGAUUUUGUAAAUGUAAGGCGGGAACUACAGGGGCUAAGUGUCGAGAUUGUCUGCCAGGAUAUUUGUGGGACAAUGGCUGCAAAUCCCGAGUGUGUGACAACGAGCUCCUGCGCUGUCAGAACGGUGGUGUGUGUCUGAACAACCUGCGGUGCCAGUGUACCCCGGCCUACACGGGCCUGCUGUGUGAGAAGCCCCGCUGUGAGUCGGAGCUGGGGAGCUGUGGUGGACCCAACUCGGGUCAAGCCGCCCUCUCGCCUACAUCGCUCCCCACCCUGCUGCUGCUGGGCUGGAUGCUGCUCAGAGGGGCCUCCUACUGACCCUGGCCAACUCUGCUCUGAGAACCAUAGACCUACUGUCUAUUCUGAACUGGUGGAGCGUACUGCCCAAUAAUCAACUACAACAACAACCAGAACUACAACUGCAACCAGAACUACAACACCCAUGAGUUUAUUCUACUGCACUGUAAUGUACUGUACGAGCUGUCCACCAGACUAAGCAAGGACACACACUGUCUGUAAGGAAAUGUGCCAGAAUGAACACAAAACUUAAAUUUUAAGGAAAUAAAAUAAAGCAUAUAUAAAAAUUAGAGUAAAUACCAGAUAUUUAAAAAAAGAGUUUAACUUGAGCAUUUGCUUCAUAAAAAGUCAAACCAGUCUGACAACGGAGACCAGUGACCUAAGCCAUACCAGAGACAUUUCCCCCUUACUGUCAAAAGGUGGGACUGGGGAUGACAGACACUUUACUCACUUCCUCUCUUAUCGCCACGGCAACAGCAGCUGUGAACCAAUCAGCGGCAGCAAGCUCUAGAUAGCAAGGCCAGCAGCUGCUAGCUGCCCCUGUUCCCAGGGGUUUGAUGCUAGCUGCACUGAACUGCUUCUGGGCUGAACUGACUGACUAACUGACUGGCUAACUGACUGGCUGACUACAUAAAACUGUCCCUACCCAUGCUGAUUUGAAAAAUACAUAAAAAAAAGAGAAAUCGAGCUGGAGGAAAAAUAAUGAAAUAAAAAAGGAAAUAUAAGCAUUCUUUGCUGUCAGUAUAUUGUGGAUAUAAGGUAAUC